GAUCGAGGGGGCACAUUAUUGCAAUACAAUGCAAUGGUGGUGCAAUGACUUGUCUCCCGUGUAUAAAUGAUCAGUUGUGCAUGGUGCAGCCGUCUAUUCAGUUGUAGCAGAUCGGGACUCCUGGUACAAGCACAAGCACUCAACUGCAGGAGGCUGAGGAGCUCAUCAAUGGCGGCAAAAAUACUCAAAAUCAGCGAAGAACCCAUUGAUCGUAUUGUGAGGGAGGGAGCAGCUGUGCUCAACUCUGGAGGUGUGGUCGCUCUCCCAACGGACACCAUAUAUGGUAUUGCAGCAUCCGUGAACUCUGUACAAGGUAUUGAGAGAUUGUACAAGAUUAAAGGUCGAAAUAAAGGCAAACCCAUCGCCAUCUGUGUCGGUGAUCUGGAUGAUGUGGACAAAUGGGCUAAUGUGACUGUGGGUAGGGAGGUACUGGAACAACUGCUCCCUGGUCAAGUGACACUUGUGUUUGAGAGACGUUCCUCCCUCCCCCCUGCACUCAAUCCUGACACGUCCCUUGUUGGAGUGAGGAUACCGGACCAUGACUUCAUACGCCAGCUGGUACGAGAGUGUGGCUAUCCCAUAGCCCUCACCAGCGCCAACAUCAGUGACACUAGGAGCACUCUAGCUGUAGAGGAGUUCAAGGAGCUGUGGCCUAACCUGGACCUUGUUGUUGAUGGUGGUAGGAUAGUUGAAGAUGAGAGGGUGUCCAGUAGAAGUGGGUCCACUGUAGUCCAUCUGGCCACACAGGGGGCAUUCAAGAUCGUCAGAAACGGAAGUUCCUAUGAUCAUGUUGUGAAGAUACUCAGGGACAAGUGUGGACUAACAGAGACAGGCAGUAGUUAGUAGCCAGUAGUUAGUAGCCAGAUUAAUGUUUGUUCAAUCAAUAAAAUUAUCUUUCAAGACAUUUGCACAAUAAUUAAUUAUUAUACUAA